CCAGAUGCGCCGCCUAAUAAACACCAAUUCCCACCAGUCCCCGCUGCCCCCGUUCGUCGCCACCGAGUCCGGCGUCGGCGUCCGCCUCGACGUCGGCGGCCUCCUCCCCCGUGUGGUGUCCAAGCGCGGCGCCGACAUCGUCGACGGCCGCGGCGGCCUACUCGUCCUGCGCGAGCGCAGCAAAAAGUUCUGGGAGCUCAAUCUCGUCCUCUGCAGCCCGCUGGAGAGGUCAUACCGGCGGUUGCCGCCGGUGAAUAUCAGUCGGUACGACAUGGCCUGCGCCGCUUUCGUUCCUCUCCAGGGCGUCGGUUUCCGCGUCGCUGUCGUGCUCUUCGGCGGCGCUGACGACUUGUCCCGCUACGCUGUUCUGGUCUACGACUCCGCUAGCGCUCCCCCAGCCUGGAAGGUGACCACCGGCUCCCGGCAGCGCGGGGAACGGCAUUACAAUGCCCACGAGGGCCCGUCCGUCGUUGUCGGCGACGUCGUGUACAGUCUUCAAGACGAGCACAUCAUGGUGGUGGACACUACCAAGAUGACAAUGUCCGUGUUGCCGGAGCCGGUGGCCCGUCCCGACUGGCUGAUUGAGGGCGACCACUGGAUCGGCAAGACCGAGGACGGCCGUCUGUGCUUCUUCGUGUUCCACGACUACAAGCCGCUUCUUGUGGCGAGGUGGGCUCUUGGAGCGGAUAGCAAGUGGACUCCGCAGCAGCCGUUGUGGCUGCCCCCGGAGCUCCACGGCGAGAAGCUCACGACGGAAAUCUCCUCUUCCUCCAAGCGUGUGAGAUUCGCUGGGUUCUGCGAGGGCAGCAGGAUGCUCUUCUUCGUCAUGGACGAUUGGGUGGUUCCUUUCGACAUCGAGACGUUGGAGAUGGAAAGGCUGUGGUGCUGCGAUACCGACGAGCCGCGGCGGCUUGGAGGGCUUAGCAAGGUGUACCCGUACGAGAUGCUGCCGUGGCCUCCGAUGCUCAAAGAUUUCGCCCAUUAAUUGUGUCUUCACUGCCAGAUCAAAUGCAACGGGCUUCUCCCAGUCGUUUAGUCGCCCUCCUCCCAUCAUUGUAGUCCCAAGCAUUGAAGCUAGGAGAGCGUUCAGCGAUCAACAACAGGAGGCGCCUCUGACAGUAGUAUCACUUGGCAUCCAGCGGCGAGUGAUGUACAAUGGCACAAGUGGCACCAUCUUUGUUUCUUUUUCCUUAUGUUGAAAAUUGUGUUAGCAGUCGCAUACUUAUGGUAUGUACUUUACUAAUGCUUUGGCCUGAA